AUGUCGGGCCAGCUACCAGCAUCAGCAGCCGUCCGUUGGACUGUGCUGUCUGUGGUCGUUGGUCUUGCGCUCGUAGGCGGAUGGCGGGCUGUAGAGAAGUUUCAGUCAAGGCGCAGACUCAAGUCCGCGGAAGCAUCUGAUCCAUCACUCCUGGCGAAGCACACCACAUUCGGGAGAUACACGACACCUUCUGGAUGGACGUAUCCUCGGAUCCGUGUCUUCUACAAACCACACUUAUACGCCGACAAGCUCCCGAAGAGCAUUCCGCUUCUCGUCUUCACCCACGGCCUGGGCGGAAGUGCUGCACAAUUCGUGCCUUUGCUCACGAGCCUCAUCAACCAGGCGCCCUGUCUCGCUAUUGACCUCCCAGGAUUUGGACGUUCGAAAUUCGCACCUGGUCACGAGAAAGCCUACACAACUCACGCACUCGCUGAACUGGUGGCGACUAUCAUCAAAGACUACCGCGAUGCUGAGAUCGACCAGAAGGUUGUCCUCGUGGGACACAGCAUGGGAUGCUCGAUCAAUGCCUUGCUUGCGUCUUCAACUUCUCCGCUGUCACAUCUAAUAGGAGAAAAGGUUGUUGGCAGCAUUGCCAUUUGCCCGAGAGGAGACUCUCUGACCUCAGACGAGGUUGCAUUGGUGCGCAGAAUGUCGUGGCUGCCGUCUCCAAUCUUCGAUCUGCUUCGACUGGUCGACCGCCGGGGAGGCACUGCUAGCCGUAGUGUCUCGAGAGUCGUGGGCGAGGAGGCCGAUAACGAGACACGUAGAAUGCAGCUGAGAUUUAACAUGCAGUCGGAGAGUGCGCCCUUUCUGCGCAUCAUGGCCGCUGGUAUCGGAGCAGAAGGUAUGCCUGGGAAAGCCGUCUGGGCCGGCAUCAAGAUACCGCUGUUCUUGGUUGGCGGCGAGUCCGACCACGUCACACCAGCCCAGGAAGUCGAGAAGAUCAAAGGAUGGCUCACCGAAUCACUUCACCUAAACAACAAGAGCCAAACCCCUGACGGGUAUUCCAAAGACACCGUACCCGCAACAACAGGCGACACCACCACCGCCAAACGCACCGCCAACCCCACCAACCCCCAAACUGACCCUCCUCGGAUGGACUCCGGCGUCGCCAUCAAAGACUCCCACACCACCACCCGUCACGCCUUCGCCCUCAAAACCACCAUCUUCCCCGCCCCCGCCUCCCACGGCCUCAUGUACAGCACCGACACCGUCCGCAUACUCUCCGGCAUGAUCGAGAACUUCCUCUCCAUGCACGUCGACGAGCGGUUAGGAGCCAGCUGGCAGCUGCAACACUUGACCACGAGCGGGAAAUGGGACGUCAAGAACCUCAAGAAAUGGCAGGCGGUCGAAGCAUGCAGUGAGCCGAUCGGCGGGUUGUUCAGGGCGAUGAAGACGAUGCGGGAAGUGGAUGAUGAGCAUAGUCCGGAGGGAUUUGUGGAGGUCUAUGGAGUCGGGAGGAGGCAGGAUGGGGUGAGCGUGGUGGUGGAUAUAAGUCAUGAGGCGCCGGUGUAUCAUCCGGAGGGGUUGGAGGAGAGGGGCGUGGGGUACCGGAAGUUGCCGACUGUGAGUAAAGAGAAGCCGAAGGCGGAGGAGGUGGAUCGGUUUGUUAAGCUGGUGGAUGAGUUGAGGGGGGAGGGGAGGUUGAAGAAGCAGGAUGAGGGUAUAGCUGGCAAGCACCCGACCAUCGGAGUGCAUUGUCACUACGGCUUCAACCGGACUGGCUUCUUCAUCGUCUGCUACCUCGUCGAGCGAGAGGGAUACCGACUGGUGGAUGCUAUACGGGAGUUCAGCGAAAAGAGACCGCCGGGCAUCAAACACGAUCACUUUGUCAACGAGUUAUACGUCCGGUACGCGGUGAAGAUGGAGCGGAGAGGGACGGUUGUUGGGGAUUGA